CGGCGUUGUUUCAGCAUCUGCCAUUUUGAUUACAACUAACUACUUCAGCAGACAUCGUAGUACUUUAAAAUUAAGACUACAUUCUUGGAGGCAAAAUGCUUUCAGCAGCCCAGUUACUCGACGAGUUAAUGGGCCGAGAUAGAAACUUGGCCCCUGACGAGAAGCGAUGCAACGUGCGAUGGGACGACGAGACCAAGGUCUGUCGGUACUAUCUGUGUGGCUUCUGCCCAGGGAGCUAUUCACAAACACCCGCUCUGACUUAGGACCUUGUGAGAAAAUCCAUGAUGAAAAUCUUAGAAUAACGUAUGAGAAAAGCUCUCGGUUCAUGAAGGAGGGAUAUGAGCGGGACUUCCUGCGCUAUUUGCAGUCGCUCCUAGCAGAGGUGGAACGGCGGAUUCGCAGAGGCCAUGCCCGUCUUGCACUUUCCCAGGCACAGCAGAAUGCAGGGGGCCCUGGUCCAGCAGGAAAGAAUGAAGAGAAGGUCCAGGUUCUGACAGAGAAGAUUGAAGACCUAGUUUUACAGAUUGAAGAGCUGGGGUCAGAGGGCAGAGUGGAGGAGGCCCAAGGAAUGAUGAAGCUGGUGGAGCAGCUGAAGGAUGAGAGGGAGCUGCUCGGCUCCAACCCUUCGUUUUCCCCUGCUCGCUAA